AUGCGGUGGCUUCUGGUCGCUCUCUGGGCCGUGACGGGCGUAAGUCAGCAAUGCACGCCAUCGGCGCAACUGACUAAAGCCCCAGGUGCCCUCCGCGACCGGUCGCCGCAGGUCGGCAGCUACAACCCUGGCGUCGACUGCCACUGGCAGAUCACGACUGCCAAGCCCAACACAAUCAUCGCGCUCACGUUCACACUCCUAAACCUCGAAGCGGAUUACGGCGGCAACAAUGACGUCGUGCUUGUCAACCUCGGCCGCAACGCGCCGCGACCCCUCGGCUGGUCGCUCUACACCCGCCCGUUGGAUCUCUCGGGGGGCGAUGCCGUCGGGACCUUUGAGUAUGCAACGAGUCCGCUCUCCAAGGACACGUGCGUCGCGAACCAACAGGGCUCGUUUGACCCGACGCGGUGCGACCUCACGUACGGUUCGCUGCUCACCGACUCGUCACGCAGUGCGUCAUGGUAUUAUUUUACCGGCAGCUACGACGACACCGUCGGCGGUGCCGUCUCGACCAUGCAGUCGACGGCACGGGACAUCUACGUCAUCUACCGGUCCUUCAUUAAGCCGGACGGCGUCGUCCCCGACGACUCGGCCGUCUACGGCAUGGCCGCCACCUACGAGUUCGCGAGUACGUUUUGCAGCGGUCCUAGCGUCCUCUCGCCGCAGCUUUCGGUCGCCGACGGUGCGAACGCAACGACGGCGCAGACCUUUCGUGACAACAUGCUCGGACAAAACCAACCCAACAUGAGCUGCUCGUGGCUGCUGCAGCCGACGCGAUUUGACCCAACAUCGGGCACUCGCGUGCUCUUUGACUCGAUUUGGAUAUCGUUUAGCGCGUUUCAGCUCCGUUACGACGGCGCAUCGGCCAACGCGACGGUCGUGGCCAGGUUCUCGGGUGGGCACCCGCCACCCUCCGGGUACUUUCUCCAAAACGGUCAAGGCGUCCUGUUCCUCACUUAUGCCUCCCUCGAUGGCCCCGCCGCCGCCGGGUUCGCCGUAUCGUGGCAAGCUGCCUACUGCCCAAAUGCGUGCUCGGGUAGUCACGGUCGUUGCCUCAACGGCGAGUGCGUCUGCGUUCACGGCUGGUCGGGGCCGGCGUGCGACAUCCCCCAAGGGUGGCUCUACCCUGACUGCGGCGCGCUUCCGUCGGCAGUCAUGACGUGCAAGCACAGCCCGAGUCUCGAUAGCUCAGCGUUCGACCCGCUCCAAGGCCGUGUCUACAACGGCGACUGCGUCUACUGCCCCCUCCCUCCUGUCGUUCCCCAACAAACGCCACAACCCGAUCUCAACUGGAACGUCACGGACGGUUCGAUCGUCCAGUCGUGUCCGCUUGUACAUCAGUGCGGUCAAGGCUCGCAGUGCGAUGCGUACGGUGCUUGUGUGCGCGUUGGCAGUGCCUCGAGUGACGUCAUCAUGACCAAGCAGUGCCUCUCGUCCAGCGACUGUCCAGCGUCGACAGUUUGUGGAGCGAACCAGAGAUGCCGAGCGCCCGACGACUUUGCCCUUUUGUUUUCGGAUGCGUCGCUGGUCGCAAAGUGCAAUGCCCUCCUCGGCCUGAACUCGACGUCCGGCCUUACGAUUGAAAUGACACUUCGGAUCGCGGUCCGCAACGCGACCGACGUUCUCUUGAGCUACCCGGGGCUCUCGGUGGCGCAGUCGUCGGCACUCACGUUUACGAUUGGCACCUCGGUGUGGCCAACAACAAUCAGUGUUGAUGACGGACGCUGGUACUCGGUCGCAUGGACAUGGAAUGCGGCCUCGGGCGCCACAACACUCUACGCCUACAAUGCCACGACCAAUACUACCGCCGUCGUGGCGUCGAGCACUGUAUCAACCAUCGGUGUUUCGCUUGUGCCAGCGCUGCCGCUCGACAUCGGUGGUUUUACCGGCGCGCUGGCGUUCCUACGGCUUUGGAACACGGUGCAGGGACCAUCAACGCUGUUUCAGUCGUCCAGAAUGACGACGAGCCAUCUCGUUGCCGAAUAUAGAUUCCUCGAUGGCAGCGCCCGGGAUCUCUCAUUGCAUCGAAAUGAUCUGAGCCUUGCGGCAGCCGGCAGCAAUACGUUAUCUCCGUCCACCACCCAUAGCUUUGGCUUCAACGUCAGCACAUCUGAAGUCAACCCGUGCUUGGCGUCCCCCGUGGACCUCACAGCCGACACGUUUGCUGUCAACAAUGUGCUUUACGUCAGCGGAAUCGUCAACGUUAGUACGUGGCAUCUGGGGUUUUACAACCAGGCGGGGGCACCCACGCUCGAGGUAUCGCCCGCAGACGCCUCCACUGUCGACGUUGCGGUCGACAGCGUCGUUACCACGAGUGUUAUUGUCGCCGAUGCCCUUAGCGCCACCAAAGCGCUCAGUGUGCGGUUCCAACGCACCGGCGUCUCGUCCGUGGUCGUCUGCUUCUUUGAUGUCACGUGCGUCACCGUAACAACGUCGGGUGUCGUGACGUCGUUUGAGAGCUCCCUGCCACACGCGAUACAGAUCUGCAUCACUCGCGCUGCGAGUCUUGCCGCGCUCGCACCGAUCGUGUCGGUGCCUACUUCGACGAUCAACGGCAGCCAAUGCAGCUUUCCAAUGACUUAUACGCAGCGCAACUGCGGCCGCUUUCGGAACUACAUGGCAUCCAAUGGCUAUGGCGACACCAUGUGUCAACAAAACACGCAGACUUAUGCAAAUUCGCAGCUGGAGAUGGCUGUACAACCGUGUCAGUGCACCGACAUGCCGCCGUGGCUCGUCUCGUCGGCUGUGAAAUCCAUCGACUCGGCGACCGGGCUAGCCACAAUGCUCAUCACGUACACGUACAUCAAAACCAAGGUCGUUGCCGACGCCACCACGGUCCCGUGUGGCAACAAUUGCUACAUCUACGAGCCGGUGGCGGGUCAUUGGCGGCGUCGCCUUGCGGCUGCUUCCUCCGUAUCGUCGUCAUCCGGCAGCUCGUCCUCCUCGGCUUCGGGUAGUAGCGCGUCGGGGCUCGGUCCUCCCAACGGUCCUCCCAACGGCCCACCGACAGCGUCCCUACCGGCGUUUGCACACGGCACGGACGCCAAGCGGUACCAAGCCACGCGUCUCUUCACCAUCAAGCGGUACCAAGCUACGCGUCUCUUCACCAUCGACCGCCACGGCUGCAACGUGGUCUCCGCGUCGGCGCCAGGGGUCUCGGCUCCAGCGCAGUGCGUUGUCACGGGUCCCGACGCCAGUGCCGUCCAAGACACCAUCUCAGCCUUCUCAUGCCAGACGACGGGGGCGUCGACGGCAGAUCCUGCGACGGCGCAGCCGUGGUGCCUCGUCAACGGAGCCCCCGAGGUGUGCUUGAGCAGCGCCGAUUCGUGUGGUCUCUUCAAGGGCAAUGUCACGUUAACGAACGCGUCGGGCACGAUUCGAGACGGCUACACAACAUCCAUCACGGCCGGCGUCCGUCUCUGCCGGUUUACGAUUGCACCGGCGAUUGCGCCCGUCUUGGCACCGUACACGCUUCUCGUCCUCACGCUCCAGCAGCUGCAACUCUCGCCGAACGAUCACUUUUCCGUUCAGGGCAGACUCACCGAGACAAGUCUACCGAGCCGAUUGGCAGCCAUUGACUUGCCAUCCCUCGUGCUCAACACGACAACCGUUCUCAUUCAGUACACGGGCGCCGGCGAUAAAUCAGGGACGUCCUUUGACGGGUUCGUGCUUGAGUACAGUACAGCGCUGGCGUUCCCUGAAGUGGGCACUCGUCAUUUCUGUCAAGACGCUGCGACGACACUGCCUCUGGACCCGACAACCAAUGCGGUCGUAUUUCCAACGUACAACUUGACCUACAGUCGGCUUGCACCGGCGCGCACCUCGUGCCUCUACACAUUCACGUCCAGCGCAGUGUCGAUUUCAUCGCUCUGGUUACGGUUUCUCGACCUCAAUCUGACGUCCGUCGGCGACCGUAUCGAGCUCUACGACGGCAACACCACGUCACCGACAAGCCUUAUCGCCAACAUCACGGCGUCAUCCUACUCGGUUCACAACUAUGCCAUCAAAAUGAACGGCGGAAGCGACUACAUUGCGUCGACCGAUCCACUUCCUACCCUGCCGACAACCGUCGUUUUCUGGUUGAACGUCCCGUCGUCGACCAAAGCCGACUGCUCCGUCGCCGCCAACUGCGUCAAUGUCAAGCCUAAGAAAAUGAAGAUCCUCGGCACCGACAAGGGAAUGCAUGCGUAUGUGACGGUGCAGCUCGCGCCCGACACGGGGUAUCUCUCGCUCGUCGUCAGCGACGCCGAGUUCACCCUCACGACAAGUGUCCUUCAUGAUACGUGGCUUCACGUGGCGCUUGUCUACCAAGCGACGGAAAACGAUGUCUUUGCUUAUAUCGACGGCCAGCGCCAAAGUGUGACUCGAGCCGGCAGUGUCAACACGUCGCUACUCGCGGUGCCCGCACAAUUGUUUGUCGGCGGACAUGCCACGCUGCCUGAUGCCACACAUAUUUCGUUUGCUGGGCAACUCCAGCAACUGCGCCUCUACGACGAGGCCAAGUCGGCCGUCGAGAUCGCUCAGAUGCAAACGGCAGCCUGCGAUACGGCAGACGCCUCACUUCUGCUUUGCUACGAGUGGAGCGUGUACAACGCGACCAGAGUGCUGGACAGUAGCCGCUACGGCAUCCACGGCGCCUUACGAGGCCCAAGCUGCACCGAGAAGUUGUCGCCCUGCGACGCCGAGGCGCUACUGCCCGGUCGGCAAGGCACCCUUGAAUUUCCACCCGAUGCGUACAUGCUGCGCACCAACUUUGUACCACCGGAACCACCGAUCGGGUACCCGCCGGUGCAAUGUCUCUGGCAACUGCAAAAGUCAAAUGCGCUCAUCGUCCUCCAGUUCGAGGACCUCUCGGACCUCGAAGCGACCGAUACAGUGGCCAUUUAUGACGGCGCCGCCACCGACCAUGUCUACCACGACGCUAGUACCACCGUCGGGCUCUCGGCAGCGACCGCGAUCGACCGAGCACUCUUUUUCCAGCGCACGUACGGCGUCGCGUACUCGGUGCCGAUCUUUCAGUCGUCGGCGACAGCAACGUCGGCGACGGUGGCGCUCGCGCGAGCCAACUCGCCUCUCUACGACGUGGUGACCUACCGCCGUGGGCUUGCCUGCGCCGACGCCACAAGCGUCGGGCUCACUGCCGCGCUCGCCAAGUCGCUCAUCGAAGCCUACUGGUGGACGACGUCCGAUGAUGCGUAUACGACUGACGCGUCCGUCGUGCAGCUCUACUUUAACGACUAUGACGCGGACACGGCCAACGUCACGGCCGAGUUUGUGACCUACGACGUGGACUGGACGACAGUGGUGUGGGCACCGUAUCCGUCGGUGUUUCAUUUUUCCCGCCGGACUCAGCCAUACUUUGUGUGUCGAGAUGGCGCCGACGUCGGUCUGAACACGACGCUCCUCUCGUCGGCGUGGCCCAGUCGUCUGACCAAGCCCGACUUGCUCACGGGCAUUACGUAUGCUGCACUGGCAACGCCGGUCCUUUCGUAUACCGGGGCAUGGACCCUUGCCCCCAACAGCGUUCUCAGCGGACUCGUGCGCGUUGACUUUACGAGCGCAUUGGCUUCGAUCGAGGCCUCGAGUACGUUUACGCUCAUCAUCAAUGCAACGGUCGUGCUCUCGAGUGGUCCGCAAUAUCUCCUCUCGCAAGAAAACGGCAAGGCCGGGUCGCUCUUUCUUCAGAUCUCUGGUGUCACCAAGGGCAUGGGGCAGUGGAUUCUCGGUGCGUACGACACCAAUCACGCCGCUACCGUGAGUCCUGCGUCCUUCUCUGGUGACACGAUGCACCUCGCCGUCACGUUCCAUCACGGUGUCAUCGCCUACUACGUCAACGGGCUCCGUUACAGCACGCUCGACACCAGCGCUGCGUAUGAAAACUGCUUGAACCAGCAGUGGGAUCAAUACCUCCUCACUGGCAACUGGGUCGAAUGCAAUGUCUAUGGCAUCACGGGCUACAACGACGCGAGCCGCCUCGUUCUUGGCGGUCGUCUCGUCAAGGGCAGUCCCAGCCAGACGUGGCAAGGCACCAUUUACUCUGUCCAGCUCUAUGAUACCGUCUUGCCAGACGCGGUAAUUGCGGCGGCGUACGCCGGCAACAGUGUGCUGUCCGCAUUUGAGCCCGCGGACGCGGUCGUCAACACCGUCACGUCGCCGACGGCGGCAACGAUGAGCACGAUGGAAGUCCUCUCUGCGUCCGUCGGCGAGUACGCAGUGCGCUCGGUGGUCACACGUCAGUGGUCGCUCCGGCGUCUCGGGUGCGCGACACCGCCGACAACGAUCUUCAAUGCGACCGCCAUCACCCACGCACUCGACCUCGCGGCGCAAACCCAUCUUCUCGUAAACGCAUUUGAUGCGACGUCCAUGGUGGUCUCGUGGGUCGCGCCCAACGCGUCGUUCUUACAAGCGACGCUGGUGCGCAGUCGAACGUACAACUUUGGUCUCUCCGACACGAUGGUGCUUGGUCUCUUGUUGCGCUACAGCCAACAAGCCGAGGCCGUCGCCUACGUCAUCACAAACCUCUGGGUCAAUAGCGUCUCCAGCUCGGCCGCGACCGUCUCGUUUGAGAUGCGGGACGCGUCCAUGACCACCGUGGCAGCGACAUCCGACUUGGCGCGCGUCAACGGGACAUGGCGGCCACCGAGCAGCGUUCAGCGCCUCGUGCCACCUGUGUUUGCAUCGGUGCCGUUUCCGCGAUGUUCCAAUAGCAAUCAGAGCAUCAUCGUCUCGAGCGGUGUGCUCACGGACGGCCAAGCCACCGAAACGACUGCGGUGCUACCCGACACGCAGUGUCAGUGGAACCUGCAAGCACCCGCGAACGACCGCAUCACGAUCCAUUUCUCACUCCUCCACGUGAUCUGCGCCGAGGGGACACUGAGUCUUAUCGAGCCGGGACGGCCGCCGGUGGCCCUCUGUGGUCGCCACCCACCCUUCAGCACCACCGUCGGACCAAACGUGAUUCUGAGCUACCGGGUCGGUCCGCUGCCGCCGCAGCAGACAUCGUUGCAGUCGACGGGGUUUUACGCCACGUACACGUUUCGCAGUCACUCGGCGAGUCCAAACAAGACGGAUGCGCUGGUCGCCUAUGGUCCUUGGCAAGUUCAGGCGCUUGGACUGGGUAACGCGCAGUGCCAGCUCGACAGUAGCAAUGAAAGUGUCAACAAUCCGUGGCAAGUGGUCGAGUCGUCACUUACAACAUCGAUGAACACCAUGUGCUACAGCAGCGUCGCCAUGCCAGCUGACAACGCGUGGGUCGUCGACGCCUACAACGCGUCGAACCCUGGGUCCACCGAUUGCAGUGCGUGGACACCCAUGGCUAGCGUACCGUGGACAGCAACGAGCCUCACAACUGUCAACAGCACCGCGCACUACUCUAGUCCAGCGACAAAAGCGUCCCCACCUGCCCUUCGCGUGACGCCCGGUAUGAUCAACAGCUUGUACAAAGCUUCCGGUAGCCGUGCCCAGAUUGGAUUUGCUUCGGCACUCGGCGGGCGCGGGCGGUUCCGCAUCAACUACCUGAUGCCGCGGCAAUACUACGUCGCGCCCAGUAGCUACGCAUCGGGCGACGGCGCAAGCGGCCUCGGUACCCGCGAGUCGCCGUUCACAAGUUCCUUUGCCGACUUGUUUGAGAACGUUCUGAGCGACGGCGACAUGCUCACGCUCUUUCCCGGGCGGUAUGAAGGCGCCGGGUACUGUGACCUCACGUUUCCAACGAGCAUUUAUGUCACGUCACUGAGUGGCGCUGCCUGGACCCUUGUCGCGUGCCAAGGAAGCUCCCGCGGUUGGCUCCUCACCCACGCGAAAGGCCUGUCCGUGAUCCGCGGUCUCUCGUUUACGAGCUGCGCGACGACGGCGUCGCCGCUGCGGGGCGUGGCCUUGUUCAUUGGCGGGAACGCACUCAUUGAAAACUGUCGCUUCUAUGGCAACCAAUUCUCGGGGCAAGGCACGGUGGCGGUCGUUGCGCCCAGUGUCACGACCCUACGCGGGUGUACCUUUGACAGCAACGCUGCAACCGCCGGUGCUGCCGUGGCUGUGCUUUCGGCCACCGCCAUCCUCGACAACUGCACGAUUCAUGCCAACAAUGCCACCCUUAGUGGUGCCGUCUUUGUCUCAACGUACGCAACGUCGUCGGCAACGCUCUUCAAUCCAUCAACCGUCACCAUCUCGGCCUGUACUUUUACGCGCAACGUUGGCAGCAGCGUGCCUGAAACCGCGCUGACUGUCAACCAAGCCAGUGUCGCCACGAUCGUCAACAGCAUCUUCCGUAGCAACCUUGGUGGCGCGAUGGGCUUCGACGGUGCAUACGUCACAAUCAACAAUUCAGAGGUCACGGCCAACGCCGGCUCGGGCGUUCGCGCCAUCAAUACGCAACUAAAUGUCUCAAGAACCGUGUUUAUCAACAACACGGGCGCUGACAAGGGCGGUGGUCUCCGCGCCGAGACGUCGACCGUGCUCAGCGUCCUCAAUACGUUUGCCGGCAACGCUGCCGUCGUCGCUGGCGGCGGCGUCUAUCUUCUCAGCUCGGCGUUUGCGGACGCGAGGAGCGUCUAUGAAAGCAACACCGUGAGCCUAACUGCAUCGACAACCACCAGAGGUCUUGGUGGUGCGCUCUACGCGCUCAACUGCUUCGAUGCGACGCUGCAGCCGCUGCUUGUGAUUUCCAAUUGCACGUUUCGAGCGAAUCAAGCGUCGUUUGGUGGUGCUGGUGCGUCGUUCAAUUCUGUGUUUACCUCCUUUCCGAACCCUCUGUAG